AUGCAAAUUGGAACAGCAGUUGACCUCAGCUGGUAUCAAAGUAACGAAGGCAGGGAGUUGAUAUCUUCGUUGAGACAACCGUUUGGACUGUUGGAAAAACCUUUAGCUUUGCUCAUAAACUCGUAUGAGGUACUCGAAUACAAGCUUUUAUUGUAUGGAAAGUCGUGCGUCGGCAAAAGCAGAUUUCUUUCAAAAUUACUCAACGUUCAUAGGAUUAAUGCAAAUUAUUGCGAAACCCCAGGUAUCCAAAUUUCAACGAUUUAUUGGCCCGUUAAAAUGAUUCCCGCUGGCACGAUUACGAUAUUCAAAUUAAAUUUUUGGGAUGUCGGAGAUAAUUCACUUCUAAGACAUGACUAUAUAGUGGAUGUAAUAUAA